AAAACAGUAACUUACAGCAUAUCCUGUAUACGGAGUCAGGUGAAGCAUCUUCCUCUUAAUGACUGGACCUUGACUCUGAUCAUCCACAAUUGUUAUUUUUCACUUAUCUCUCUUAUAACGUUUCAUCUCUGCGGGCCUCAACCGCUUCUCAGGGCUGCAGUCCAGCCCCUCACCUCAACCCUCCACCGCUCCUCCACAAAACACAGACUCUGACGCCAGGUCAAGUCGCAGCACAGGCAGAAAGGGAAGAAAGCGCGGAAAGCGCGGCGACAAGCCGCUGAGCGCUGCGCAGCCAUCGUCUCAGCCUGAACGGUUCACCAGGGGAAGCACUUCAGAGGAGCUGCUGGAGAGUCCAGCCCCGGUGGACCCGCCAGAAGAUAUGGACAAAGAGGGAGUCGUGCCACGGAGACCGAGUGUCACCGAAGACGAAUCAGAGCAAGAGCGCAGAGUCCCAGAGCCUGAGAAACCUGCUCUGUCUCAGGAGAAGAUCGUGCUGGAGGACAUCGCCAGUGAAGAGCAGAUCUUCAAAUGUGUGAAGGAGAACCUGGAUGAAUCUAGGAUGAGCUCGUCUCCCUUCCUGAGGGAGUUGAUGACGGCUGUGUGCGAGGCAGCAGCGAAAGAUAACAGCAAGUGUGGAGUGGACAUGGCACUCUUUCAGAAGAGUUUGCCUGUAUUCAAGUACCGCAACUCAGACACUGAGCAACAGCUGCAUGCGCUUCACUCACUUCAGGCACUGAUCGUCACCCUCCAUCAGCCUCCAAACCUCCUCCGGAUUUUCUUUGACUGUAUGUAUGACGGGGACGUCAUCUCCGAGGACCCGUUCUACAGCUGGGGGACAAGCAAAGACUCAGCCGAGCAGCUGGGUAAAGGCGUGGCCCUUCAGUCUGUAACGGCAUUCUUCACCUGGCUGCGGGAGGCGGAGCAGGAGUCAGAAGAUAAUUGAUUGAAAAAGAUGCAUGUGUUCUCUUUGAAUAAACAAAGUGUCAGAUGAAAA